AUGUCUUCUACAAACGAGAUCGAAUUCAAGGGCUACGCCAUGACAGACCCCUCGGCGUGGUCCGACCUCGAGCUCGUCUCCUUCGAGCCGAAGACAUUCGGGCCCGAGGACGUCGAGCUCGCUAUCACGCACUGUGGCGUGUGCGGCUCGGACGUACACGUCCUGAGGCAGAGCUGGGGCGCCGCGCGCGACGGACACACCAUCGCCGGGCAUGAGAUUAUCGGGAAGGUGACGCGCGUCGGCGCGCUGGUCAAGGGCCUGCGCCCGGGCGACCGUGUCGGCGUUGGCGGUGGGGUCUCGAGCUGCGGCGAGUGCCGUCCGUGCAAGGAGGGUUUCGAGAACUACUGUCAACAAAUUGUGCUCGCCUUGAACGCCAACCACGUUGACGGCAUUCCUAGUCAGGGCGGAUUCUCCACAGGCAUCCGGGCGCACGAACGCUUCGUGUUCCCUAUCCCGGAGAAAAUCGAGUCCCGCCAUGCUGCGUCUAUGAUGUGCGGUGGGCUCACCGUCUUCCACCCGCUCCGUAUGAACGGGUGCGGUCCUGGAAAGAAGGUGGGGGUCAUCGGCGUGGGAGGCGUCGGACACUACGCCAUCCUCUUCGCGAAGGCCCUGGGAGCGGAGGUGUAUGCCUUCACUCGGGGCACCGCGAAGGCCGACGAUGCGAAGCGUAUGGGUGCCGACUAUGUGAUUGAUACCAACGUCGAGGCGUUCUGGAAAGCGCACGAGUUCACCCUGGACAUCAUCAUCUCCACCGUCGAUCACUUCGGUCCUGGGACGUCGCUGCCCAGCAUCCUCUCCAUGCUGUACGUGCAGGGGCGGUAUAUCACUGUCGGUCUUCCGCCGAUCGACGACCCGCUUCCUUCCAUCCACCCCGCCAUCCUGGCGAGGAACGCGGCAUCUAUUGGGAGCUCGCUCUUGGGCACCAAAGCGGAUGCUAUCGCGAUGUUGGAACUCGCGGCCGAGAAAAACAUCGUUCCGUGGAUCGAGGAGCUCCCGAUGAGCCAGGUCAAGGUUGCGCUGGAAGGCAUAAAGAGUGGCCUACCGCGGUAUCGUUACGUGCUCACACAGGACAUCGCACGGGUAGCAUAG